AUUUAGACAAUCAUUAUUCCACACUUGUUCUAUAAGAAAUUAAUUCAUGCAGCAGCUCUGACAUAUCGUAUUUGCAUUUGUAAGAAAAGUAUCCCAUUAUUAUAUGUGACAGAAUCCUGAAAAUUAACAGGAUCUGCAGGCAGGUUAUGUGCGAUAGGUGGAGAUAACAAGAAAAUGUUCACUUACAUUGUUUAUGCAAAGCAAAGAACUACAAGACAUAAAAAAUACUUUCUAAACGUUAAUUGUACUCGAUAAAAAUUACUUGCAGUUUGUUACAUAAUAUUCAUUUACUCAUCGUAAGCUGAGGGUUUUAGCGUGGGUGUGUCGAACACUUGACUAACGGGACACUGCGGGGCAUACACAUCCCAACAACACGGUGGGGCGGAUAACAAAACACCGCGGCAGAGAGCCAGAGAACAGCCAUGUUCUAUCGCUGGUUUGUCUUUGCUGUCCCUCUGCUGGGUUUCUUGUCUGAUUUCUGUGUGGCGUUUGAUGUCUGUAAUACACUGAUUCAGGUGGAACACGAUCGAGAUGAAAACAAUCAAGUCUUGGCCUGCCGGUAUCAAAUACUGAAGUAUGAUCCUUCAGGAGUUUUUCUAAGAGAAACAGUGUCAACACCAGUAAACCAGACGCUAUGUCACGUAGUUACUCAGACAUUGUCCACAUACCAUGUGCCUGAAUGGGAGAGGUAUCCAGUGGGAACAUUUUUACCACCAGUAGGAUGCACCUUUUCACAGAAUCUGCAAUGUGAAUUAGAGACGAUAUGUCCAAGUAUGACAGAGAAACAAGCAACAGACACAUUAUCAAAAACAACAGUUCCUCCUCAGGAAGAUACAUACAAAGACAUUAUAAGUACUCCUUUCAAAGUGACAGUAAAAGUAGAUAUCAGUACUCCUUAUACUGGUGACGUAACCACGAAGCGACGGGGAUCAUCUCAAAACAGGGUAGCAACAGAAGCACCGCCAUCAACAGGAAAUUUUACACAUGUAUCCGUAUAUAUCUUAUUUUUGUCAUUACUUAUGAACAUUAUUUAUGUCAUUGAAUUGUGAUUGAUAUGGUAAAACAAGAAGCACCCAUGAAAAGGCAAAUAAAACAUAUAUUGAAUAGA